GCUGCUGCCUUUCCUCCCCUCAAAAUCAAUCCACCAGAAUCACGGAGCUCCCCUCCGUUUAUAAUCACACUCCAUCCUCCUCUCCAACCUCAUCCUUUUCUACAAUUGAAUCCAACGGUCUCAACCCCCCAGCGACCCAAGAGGAUUGAGCCGAAUUGCCUCCGACCCAGCGGGCUCCAAUUCUACCCCGCGCUACCUUGCCUUAUCUCCAUCUAUCCAUCCUCUCCUCCAACCUACCUACACCACCCAAACGCAAACCGCCCACCAUGUCCACCUACGAAGUCGAACACAACACCACCGACCCCUCCACAAGCGCGUCCUCCGCGCGCCGCCGCCGCCCCGACCUCUCCACCUUCUUCGCGACGCUCUCCGAAAUCAGCCCCGACGAGACCGGCCGCUCCCGACCGCACGCCGUCCCAGUGCCCCACGACGUCAGCGCCGCGUUCUACUCCCUCGCCGAGGCGUUCGAGGUGAUGCGUCGCGAGGGCCCGGGAGCCGCGGAAUCAGGCGAAGGCGCUGAGGCCGGGACCGAGACCGGGACCGGAACUGGAGGAGAUCUGUUGACGCAGAUGAUCCAGUCGUUGUUGAGCGAGGCGGAAAUGCCGCCGAAGGAGGUGGAAGGGGCGAGUGAGGAGUUUUGUGAUGUGCUCGAUCGCGUCCCUCGCAAAUCUCUAAAGCCCGACCAGACCUGUCCGAUCUGCAAUAAUCCCUUCCUGGAGGACCAGUAUCCGCUUGUUGUGCGGCUGCCCUGCCAUCCGACGCAUCUGUUUGAUAUGGAGUGUGUGCGGCCGUGGUUGCGCCUGCGGGGGACGUGCCCGCUUGACCGGACGGAUUUUGCGAAGCAGGAGAGGGAGAAGGAGGAGGCUCGGAGAAAGAAGCCCGUGGAGGAUGACGAGGAGGAGUGGGAUGGGAUGUAUGGUUAAAUGCGUGGUAGACGGGGGAGCUGCGAUGGGAGUGGAGAUAGAUACUGGGAGGAUGAUCGAUAAUAGAUACUACUGUGGACGGAUGAUAUGAUUGAU